GGUGCGAAGAGUUUCGUCCCACGUUCGACGCGGUUAAAAACGAUCGAUACCUCGAUAGAAAAAGCGGAAGAGCGAAUAAUCGCGAAAAACAAAUAUACCCGGUACCCGAUCUCAUCCGGUAGGCGUGUGGAAUUCGAUACCACGGCAUAUAAUCAAAUCGUGAAACGUUUUGUGAAUAGCACACUUUGCCAACGAUUCCUGGACUGUAGAUAACGUAUCCUAGUUUCUUGUGGUCGAUCGAUCGGCUAACAAGCUUCCCGCGACGCGGAUUUCUUCGACGUGAAUAGCCUUAAGCGGAAAUCGUAUCCAGAAACUGAUUCGCCGGGUGAAAGGAAGGACAAUUGCGAGCCAAUUUUCCUUAAAAAUAUUAGGAUCUAUACAGUGUGUCGGCAAGCUUGCUAUUGGGACAGAUGUGUGAUUUUUCGAAAUAUUAUUAUUGAUAUUCGGUAUUCACGAACGAUUUGAUCGGCGCUUCCGGUGUUAUCGCGAUCUAUCGCAACUAAGUAAACGGAUGAAAAUACCAAUAAAUGAAUAAAGAAACGCUAAAAAAUGGACAAUUCUUUGAAUGAUCGCAACGAAUUCACUUGAAACGAGUGAGCGGAUCGAAAAAUUUUUUUUUUUCUCGAAAAGCGUUUCUCGAAUCGUAUCAAGAUCGAAAAUUUGAAUGGAAUCUUCGAAAAUGGAAAGAAACGCGGAGGAGCAAUCUCCUUUAUUGGAGAGGAAAAUAAGUACGUCGACGAAAAUCGCCUAUGCCUUGGGACAUAUUUUCAAUGAUCUCACUGCAGCCAUGUGGUUCUCCUACACCUUGAUUUAUUUUCAAAGAGUGGUCUUGUUGGAGCCGAUCGUUGCUGGUGGUCUUCUACUUUUGGGUCAAAUCAUCGACGCCUUCAUGACUCCUGUCUUCGGUGUAUUGGUCGAUCGAUACCUGAAGAAAAAGAUUUGGCACAUUAUCGGAUCUGUGAUGGUCACGCUAUCGUUCCCAGUGAUCUUUGGUGGGUUUAAUAAAUCAUCACACGUAAGUAUCAUGCUUCUUUACGUGGCCAGCAUCGCCGUAUUUCAAACUGGAUGGGCAGCUGUGCAGAUAUCGCAUUUGUCCAUGAUCCCUGCGUUAACGAAUUCAUUGCUGGCACGGGCAGACUUAACUGCGAUAAGGUAUUCCGCUCAAGUUGGAUCAGCCGUUGCAGUAUUCAUCGUUACGUGGAUAGUUCUGCCCACGGAUGAGGAGGCAAUGGGGCGAUUAGUUGAAGAGGACAGUUAUAAAUUUAGAAAUAUCGUUUUGACUUUAACGUCCAUUGGUUUGAUGGCUACCAUAUUGUUCCACGUGUUUUUAAAAGAAAAUUUAUUAGAGGAUUUCGAAUCGCAUAAAGGAAAUAUCGAAGAAGCUAGAAGAUUGUUCGAUAGCUCACAAAGUAGUCGAACCUCUUUGGUCGGCACGACAAUUUUACUUAGAGUGGCUAUGCUGUACGUGGCGAGCAGACUUUUCAUUACCUUGGCCACGGUUUAUCUGCCAUUAUACAUAGAAGAAACGGAUAUCGAUGGAAAAGAAGCCCUCGCCACUGUCCCGUUGGCCUCCUACGUAUCUUCCUUUGUUGCCGCUUUGUUACUAAAGUACAUAAACAAAUCAUGCGGAACAAAGGUAUGUUACUUUUUGGGCACGUUAAUUGGUAUAAUUUCUGCUGCUGUUACGGAAUAUGGAGGGACCUCGAAGGCGAUUUUAUACAUUGUGGCGAUUUUAAUCGGAAGUGCAAGCUCAAUCACAAUGGUCACAGCCUUGAGCGUGACGGCAGAAAUAAUUGGUCCGCGAACAGAGCGAAGCGCCAUUGUUUAUUCGAUCGUAACAUUUUUUGACAAAGUUGUUACGGGGCUCGUUGUCAUCUUUAUCGAGAAAUUGAGAUGCACGCAACCAACGUACUGUCCAAAUUACAAUAGAGAUACAUUGACCCUUGUAUGCGUUCUUUCCAUGCUUCUCGGACUUGUCACACUAUUUUCAGUUUCGCGAUGUUUAAAUUAAAAAUAAGUACAAGAAUUUUUCUAUAACAAGAAAAAAAAAAGAAGAAUCAUUGAAUGCUCCUUACAUCCUCAUAUAUAUUUCAUCUUUCUAACCAAGGAUCACUUCAUAUUUUCGUAUUUUUCCAUUUUUACGUAAAGAAUAUACGAAUAAAGUUUUACAAUAAAAUUAUAUAU